AACUUCUUCCUGGUCCGACGGGUCGGUUGAUAUGAGACCACGUGACUAUACAAUAAUUUACUUCCCUGUUCUGUCGUUGCUGGAAAAUGUCGCAUAUACUGACGUGACGAUGUUAUUCAAGGAAAGAGAGGAAGGUGUAGAGCACGGGAUAUAAUAUCGAGUUACAUAGCAGAGCAGACGACACUUACAGAAUGGCGGGAAUUUGCAGGAGUAAACUUUUCAAAGUGUUGGCAGUGGCAAUGGUGGUGACAGUCUUACAGACGCCAUCUGCACAAGCACAACAGUGUGACAAGAACAAAACACAUACAUGUUGUUCAGAGAACUCUAGGUGUCCAAGCGGGUACUUCAUGGUAUCACAAUGUGACACAUCGAGUUCCGCAACGUCGGUGCCCAGUACGACACUACCCGACGACGACGACGACGACACCUUCAACUCCACCGACACAAGUAACGACACUUCUACAGACUCCAGUAAUGACACUUCUACAGAGUCCAGUAUUGACACUUCAACAGACUCCAGUAAUGACACUUCGACAGACGCUGCAACAUCGGAGGCCUCCAGCACCAAUGACAACGGGGGGACGUCGUCUUCUUCGACACCAACAGUUUACUGCAGAAGGUGCAAAGACAACUGCAGUAACUGCAGCGACACUGUGUGUUUCACAUGUGAGGCCAAGUUCUUGCUGGAGAAUGGCGAGUGCGUUUCCUCCGGCGCUUCAGAACAAUUCCCAGUGGCGGCCGUGGCAGGAGGUGUUGUCGGAGGCGUGGUGCUGAUUGUCGCCGCUGUCGUUGUCAUCGCUUGUGUGUGUCGCAGAAAACGCCAAGAUCCAGCACAAAGCCCAACAGUAGAUACACCAGACCCGUCGUCAGUCGUGGAGUCGGGGGUUUCGGAAGGAGAACACAAUUUGCACAUGUCCCCUGAUUACGAGAACAUGGGAACGAAGUUGAAGGACAUGCCCACCCAGAUCCUGCGGGGACAGGACAAUGUGCUGCGAUAUACUAAAGACCCAACCCAGCCCAAGCAGGUGAUUGUGCCGGAAGAGCAUGAAAGCACAUACGCCAACCAAGCUACCAUCAAAUUGAAUCAGAUGGCCCAGGCCCAAUCCCAGGAGCAACAAGAGCUCCAGCAGCUACCAACAGCGCCAGGGCCUCCUAGAGGUGUCCAGCCAUCAAAGAAGCAGAAGAAGAAGAAGAAGAAGAGUCUGAAAGCAAAAGACCAAGAAACCGCACAGGUCCAUCCACCGCCAGAAGAGACAUCCGAGGAGAUCUACGUCAACGGUCCCUCGACUGGUGGCGGUAGUAGGGAACACGAUGAGGAACAAAUAUAUGAAAAUGAGACAUCAUCACCUUAUGUAAACCUCGGUUUCCAAAACAAAAUGUAAGCAUCCGAGUGCAUAUGAGACAUAUGGGUGAUGACUAGACACUCAGUUGACAAUACUUUGCUAAUGCCACCUUGACGUGGUAACAAACGGGAGAUGAAUUGUGAUAUGUGAAGGAGCGUUAAAGAUGAGUUUCCGUGAAAUCAGUGUGUGGUACAAAGUUUUCACCACGAAACUUCAUGGAGAAAGUAUUUAUGUAUACCUGUGUGUAUAUAUCAAAGAUGUACAAAUAUAUAACACAGACGUUGAUGCUUCAGAGAAAGGUUAGGGAUGGUUAUGGUCCUACGUCAAGGAUAGAACCCGUGUCUUAGAGUAUAUUACUGAUCGUUGUGAUGCCAGCUUGAGACUCUCAAAUGAUAAAAUGCAGACGACAAUUCCACCAACAAAACAUGUCUUCAGCUAGAUAGAAUUACCGGGGUUUCAAAUGAAUGCCAGAUUGGAGUAAUGUGGCAUACUGUAGAAAGGGUUUCAAAUUUUGAUGAUCACUGAUGGUUGCUGCAUACUAGUAUGACGACGCCGUACGCCACAAGAACACAGACAUGAACCUAAGUGAGUGAGUAUGGUUUUACGCCGCUUUCAGCAAUAUUCCAACAAUAUCACGGCGAGGGACACCAGAAAUGGGCUUCACACAUUGUACCCAUGUCGGAAAUCGAACUCGGGUCUUCGGCGUGACGAGCGAACGCUUUAACCACUAAGCUAUCCGAUGCCCCAUGAACCAAAGAACAUCAUGACCGUUACAAUACCCACUAAAGUACUCACUACGGUACUAUAAAUAAUGUGUGUCGUUGUUUAUGAGUCAACACGAAUGUAUUCUUCAACUGGAGUUUGUAUUUCUGUAGCAGAUAUUAAGAUUGUGCCAAAGUGUCAUAUGUUCUAGAUAAUUACAAUGCAAUUUUUCUGUUAUAAAUAUUAUUUUUCUUGCAAACAUAUCAUAUAUUGAAUGUAUUUUCACUCUGUUGGUUGUAUUUAGAGAUUUUAAUUCAUAUGUACUGCUGAUCAAUACUAAAGGAGCAUGUAUAUAUAUGUAGGUUCUGACUAGUUGUACAUGACAUAUUUCUUACAUGCCGAUGUUGCUAACAGUGAUGUCAAUAAACUAGCAACGUCGCUUCCCAUGGAGUUGGGAAUAAGUACAGUGGAGGAUGUAUUCGAAGCAAUAUUUCGCAGACUGUUUCAUUUAAAUUUUCCUUGUCACAAUGCGAAACAAAACAAGCUCCAAUAAACCAAACCACAUAAUCAUAUAAUGAUGAGAGGAACUUUCUGGGAUAUGUUGUCACAUUAUGGGGUAAUAUAAGGAAAUGAAUGGGUUUUUUUUUUUUUUAAAUUGUCAAUAUAAUUCAGAUGUCAUUAAACUCAAACUAAAUAUAUGAUUUCAACAUUUGCAAUAAAAAUAUGUUCCAGUGUAAAUAUUAAAGCAAUUAUUCAAGUGUACGCGAGGUUGGUAUUUGAACGAUGUUUCUGUACGAAACUAUUCAUUUUUUCUCCCAAACCAACCUGAACACAUUCUUUUCAAUGUCACUUGAAUACAGUGUAAAUAUGGAGAUGAAAUGCGUGCUUACAGUUGUAUAGGUUAGAGAAGGCCAGGUCGUAUACGCCGUUAUUUUCAUGUUUUAUGGAUAGAUGCUAUGCAACAUGUAUCGGUGAAUAUACACCAUUCGUUGACAAGGGCAUUAAAUGUUAUGUGCAUAUGAUGCAUCGAACAUUUCAUAUCCUUCAUUUGGUUAAUAUUUAUUCGUGCUGUAUUUAUUCGUACAGUAUUCUGCCCUUAAGACAUAUAGUAAAUCAUGUAUUAAAAUCUGUAGUAAAACAUGUUUUAUAGGAAAACCUCAACAAUGGGUAAUGAUGGUUUGACGGUUAUGAUGAUUGAUCAUUUACGGUUAUUUUUCGAUCAAUUAUAUGGCCAUUUAUGUAAAUAUGUAAAUAAGAUGUAAGUCUCUAAUGUAUCCGUCUAAUAGACGGACAAAGGAUAUCUACAUGGCAAUACGUAACCGGAGAAUAAACGAUGUUUAGUAUUACAGAUAGUUUAUGUGCUUUUUACCCAAGCGUUUUACUCAGCAUAACGCAUUGUUGAAGUGUUGAGAUAUGCCGUUAUCCCAUGGAGUGUUUACUUAGACAUGCUUAGUUAACAUUAAAAUUACCCCAAGUGUAUUCCGUUUCUGAAAUAAAAAUAUGUUUAAAGUUGAAACAUUACAAACAUGACCGUGAAACAUGGUUAAAAUGCAAACGAUGCCACGAGGAAUAGGAAUUCCACCAACAUUUAUGAAAUGUGACGAAAGGUAAUAUCCAAAACUUUUCAAUGAAUAGUGUUAUAAAUGUUUUGGAGAUGUUCAGUAAUAUCGAGAAAACUAUAGCCACGUUUCGAUGUCAGAUAUAACAUAAGCUGCAGGUCGAUAGUCAUUGAUUACAGCGAUUACGAUCCAUUCGUGACCAACUAGUGUUAUUCCGGGACAAGCCGAAUAGCGACUCGUGCCUCUCUCGGGCCAUUUUUGCGACUGGGUUCCGUCUAAGCGCAAACGGGCAUCGCUAAAAGAAUAGUCAACUCGUUGCGUAAUGAUUCACGUAUGUUUCCUAGAUAUAUCAUAUAUAUUCCUGAUGCUACUGAAAACAAAUUGGGACUGAUAUUAUUAUACAGUAUAGUUGAACACAUUUAACUGUAUGUUGAGUAUAUUCUUAAAUGCCAGACAUAUGUUAAAUCUAAAAUUAUUCCUGAGGGAUUCUUUGACCAAAGUACUUGAAGUCAUACGCGCAUUCUGAUUGGUUUGUCGUAUUUUUGCAUAUAACAUUCAUCGAUAGGGGGACGAGUCUUCUUGUAGCUUACGGAAAGGGGCGAGUGUUGACGGAUGGAUUACAAUCCUGCAUCGAAAUUACGGCCAGUUUUAUGUUCAAUGUAAAGUAUGUGAAGGAAAAUGACUGUCGAUGUCACAGUUAUACGUCCCGAGUCUGGUACAUUGUGUCUCCGUCAGUGUAAUGAUCACAUAUCGUUCGGAAUGUCAAUCAUUUUAGGAUACAAUGAACUUUUGAAAUAAACACCAUGUUCAUAUUUCCUAAUACAACUGCUUAUCAUCCCCUGGUCCAAGACGUCAUUGUUAUUUCAUUGUGCAGUGUACAUGCAGUAAGCUACGUUUAUAACGCACAUGCUUAUAACGAACAGGCGGAUAUGACGAACUAAACUUAGUGGUCCCUUUGAGUUCGUUAUAACCGUAGUUUACUGUAUCUUCAACUUGUGUCAUGUAUGUGAUUAUGUAUACGAGUUAUCAAGCUCAAUAAACGCUGAGUCACGUUGUCAUUCA